UAAGUGCUAAACGACCUCACAACCCAAAAAACGACAUACCUCUCUCCUCUGCCGCUCUGCUUUUCUCCCAAGCCAAAAAAGCCAAUUAGAAGCAAAAACUUGACUUGUCCUGCAAUCUUACUCUCUCAACAUUCAAUUUGUGCAAAAUCCAAAAUCUCAAAUUCAAUUAUAUACAGAAACAGAAAAUAGACUCAAAAUUGAGAGAUGGGCUGUACGCAAUCCAAGAUCGAGAAUGAAGAAGCCGUGGCUCGUUGUAAGGAGCGCAAACAAUUCAUGAAAGAAGCCGUCUCCGCCCGCAACGCUUUCGCCGCCGCACACUCCGCCUACGCUAUCUCCUUGAAAAACACUGGAGCUGCUCUUAGUGAUUAUGCCCAAAGCGAGGUUGGAGAACAUGCCUCGUCAGCUGUUGCGGCCGCAGCAGCAGCAGCAGCCGCUGCCACUACUUCCUCUGUCGAUACGCUUCCUCCACCUCCUCCUCUACCGACUUUCGAGAAUACGGUGCCGUUGCAGCGGGCCGCGACUAUGCCAGAGAUGAAGAUCCCGAAGCCGGAGUCGAAGCCGGUGGGACCUACCAUAAUGGAAGAGGAGGAGAUGGAUUUUGAAGCACACGAUAAUGAGAAAUUGAUCAGGAAGCGUAGUAGUAGUAACAGAGGAAGUGGCAGCAACAGAGUAGCUGUACAAGAGAAUCACCAUCCUCAUCACCUGAUGGAGCAGGGCCCACCUCAGCCACCGCCACCGCAACGGCAACAGAAACAGCAGUGGAAAGAGGAGGUGAUACAGGGCCCAACGGCGAAUCAGGGAUCGUCUUGGGGCGAUUACUUGUUUUCGGUGGACCACAUACCGGGGCCGAGUUUGGAAGAGCCUGUGGUGGUUGAGCAGGAGGAUUUGGGACGGAAGCAGUUUGAGGAAAAGGCUAAUAGAGUACCACAGGUAGAGGAGGAUCCAGUAAUGGUGGUGGACGAGAAGGUGGAAAAGGCGGUUGAGGUGCCAGUGCCAGUCCCAAUGCCGGCAAUGGAGAAGAAGGCAGUGAAAAAGGGCAGUGAGGUGGGGAGGAGGGUGGCAAAGCCAGUGAAUUUGAUGCAGAUAUUUGCAGAGCUUGAUGAUCACUUCUUGAAGGCUUCUGAAAGUGCUCAUGAGGUUUCCAAGAUGCUGGAGGCCACACGAUUACAUUAUCACUCUAAUUUCGCAGAUAAUAGGGGACAUAUUGAUCACUCUAAAAGAGUGAUGCGAGUUAUUACAUGGAAUCGAUCAUUUAAAGGAAUUCCUAGUGUUGAUGAUGGUAAAGAUGAUUUUGAUACAGAGGAGCAGGAAACUCAUGCUACUGUGUUGGAUAAGAUGCUAGCUUGGGAAAAGAAGCUUUAUGAUGAAGUGAAAGCAGGUGAAAUAAUGAAAUUUGAAUAUCAAAAGAAGGUCGCUUCACUGAAUAAGCAGAAGAAGCGGGGAAGUAACGCUGAAUCAUUGGAAAAAUUGAAAGCAGCUGUAAGCCAUCUGCAUACAAGAUACAUUGUGGACAUGCAAUCGAUGGAUUCAACAGUUGCAGAGAUAAACCGUUUACGUGAUGAACAAUUAUAUCCAAGACUUGCUCAGCUUGUUGAUGGGAUGGCCACCAUGUGGGAAACUAUGCAAUAUCACCAUCAUACCCAGUCCAAGCUUGUAUACGCCCUGAGAUCUUUGGACAUUUCUGAAUCCCCCAAGGAAACUAGUGAAUAUCAUUAUGAUCGUACUUUUCAGUUGUGUGGAGUUGUAAGAGAUUGGCAGAACCAGUUUUGUAAGCUUGUAGACCACCAAAAAGGGUACAUAAAGGCACUGAACUCUUGGUUAAAGCUAAAUCUCAUCCCUAUUGAGAGCAACUUGAAAGAAAAGAUCUCUUCACCGCCAAGGGUUCAGAAUCCUCCAAUUCAUGCACUUCUCAUAGCUUGGAAUGAUGAUUUGGAAAAACUUCCAGAUGAAAUCGCAAGAAGUGCAAUAGUUAAUUUUGCUGCAGUAAUACAGACCAUAGUACAUCAUCAAGAAGAAGAAUUGAAGAUAAGAGAAAAAUGUGAGGCCACAAGAAGGGAGCUUGCACGCAAGACCAAGCAAUUUAAUGAGUGGAAGCAAAAGCAUAUGGUGGAAACACACGAUGAAACGGAUCCUGACCGAGCAGAAGAAAACCCUCAUAGAGAAGCCCUAACAGAUAGACAGUUUGUUAUAGAUGCAUUGACUAAGCAGCUGGAAGAAGAAGAAGAAGGGUGUCGGCGGCUUAGCCAACAGGUGAGGGAGAAAUCUUUGGCAAGUCUUAAACAUCGCUUGCCGGAGCUCUUUACAGCAAUGUCUGACAUUGCUCUAGCUUUUUCAGCCAUGUACAGUAACUUGAGGUCCAUAGCGGGACACCAAAAUCAAAGUCAGAACUCCUGAGAUUUAUGCGUCUCCAUAAUUUGCUUGUAUACCCUUACAAAAUAAGCCUUUGGGAAAGAAAAAUCAUUAUAUUAUGCGUUCUGUAAUUUGUAAUGCUUCUGCUGCAAUAUGUUCAAGGAACCAGUCCUCAGAAUCAGGUGUGGUGUUUUUUUUUUCCCUGUUUUUUUUUUCAUCAAAUAGGUGCGGCCAGAACUUUUGAAGGCACCUAAUGUAAAAUUUUUGUUACCUAUAGCUUAAAGAAGCCAGUUAUCUCAAAUUGUAAAAGCUUAACCAAGUGUGUUAUUUUCAGGCAUCUAAAAUCAUUAAUCACAAGAUUGUUUUUCUGUUGUUGCUC